CAGCAGAGCAGCAGGACGGACUCUGCUGAGGAAACUGUCUCCUCAUGUCUCUGUCUCUGGACUGACUGCACAGACCAGCCGAGGUGAAAAUGAAGUGCUCCCUGGGGAUCUGUCUGCUGAUCUGCUCCGCUAUGAUCGGACUGGGCUCCGCCAUUCGCUGUUACAGCUGUAAGGAUUACACAGCCAGCUGCUCCAAACAGCGAGACUGCAGCUACGACGACGCCUGUCUCACCCUCACUGAGAGAGGUGGGAUGACGUACCGUCAGUGCCUGAAGUACUCAGACUGUGAGUACGGUCGUCUGGCCCAGAUGUUCCCACAGGUUUCCAGUUUUACCUUCAAGUGCUGCAACUCUGACCUGUGUAACUCCGCCCCCUCCUCUGCAGCGAGCUCUCUGAUUGGUCUGCUGGCCUCGGUGGGUGUCAUGUGGUGGUGCAUUCACUGAGGCGCUCCCAGAGUCUGGAAACAUAACAACAACUAACUGACACACACUUAUUCACUCAUUCAUCCAGUCACCUGAAUACCUGACGUCCAUCUGAAGAGUCUGAUUGAUUGAUUGAUUGAUUGAUCAUUAAAAUAUUGAAACAGGAUCAUCUCAUCGAUUAGGAAAAACUUCUCACUCUGUUACGUGAUGAACGUCUGAAAAGACGAACAUGAACAUCAGACCUCUCUGGUUUAGUCACGUUAUUGAUCACAUGAUCAAUAACUGAUCAAAGGUUCAAAAUCAGGACCUGAUCAAACAUUAGAGAUUAAAUCAGAUCACCUGGUAGUUUGUUAGACUUUUAUUUUGAAAAGAAGCUUUAUUAACUUCCUGGCUCCAACUCCCAUGAUGCACCUCUGCCUCUGAUGUGGGAAAAACUGAAGGAGUGCAUGAUGACAGAGUGAAACUGCUGAUUGUCUCCUGCAUCAGAGAUCAAUAACAAACCUGAUGCUUUUAAUCUGAACCUGAUCCUCAGGGUUCCUCACUAACCUGAUAGAACCUGUUAGAACCUGUUAGAACCUGAUGAUAGAACCUAUUAGAACCUGAUAUUAGAACCUGAUGAUAGAACCUGAUAUUAGAACCUGAUGAUAGAACCUGAUAUUAGAACCUGAUGACAGAACCUGAUAUUAGAACCUGAUGAUAGAACCCUGUAGCUCCUAUUAGUUCCUCUUGUUCCUGGACUGAAACACAACAUGAAUCUUUUCUCUUUAACUCUGACCUAAUUCCAGCUUCAUGACUCCGUCUGUAAAUCACCAUUAAAUCAAUAAAGUUUUCCAAACUCUGA